UUCGUGCAGCAUGUGUUUUCGCGUGAUCCGUUAGAGAAAUAAUGCUUAAAGCACAUCGGUAACCGUUAAAGUCGCCGGGAAAAAACCAAUCUUGAUACUAACGAAUUUUCGAAUAUAUUUUCAUAAACCGAUUUUGUGCGCGAUUUUCUUCGCCCAGGCUCAAAAGGUGUGAGAGCGAGAAGGAGCGAGACAGCCGAUGCUGUGUGCAUGCAAAAUAACGGUGCACUGAAUUCGCCCAAAUAAAAAUUGAAAAUAAUCGCUGUGAUUAUUAGAAUUUAAAACUGCCAACUGCAGCUAACGAAUCAACCGAUACCGAUACGAGAAACCGAUCGAUGUGAAGUGCAAAAACAAGUAGAAAAAUACAAAUAAUAAAAACAAAAACCGGUUCGCCUCUGCAGCAGCAAAAAUCAAAGCCAAAAAGGAAAAGAAACAAAAAUCAAAGACAGCGAAAGAAUUUUUGUUGUUUGGCCGGUGCGUGUGUGUUUGUGUUUUGUGUGUGUGUCUGUCUGUGGGAGUGCGCCAGUGUGCGUGAGCAUCUCGGCAAAGGAGAAAAACGCAAAAGUCAGUAGGAAAAAGGCGUACGUAAAGAAAAAGGAAAAAGAGAGGAAAACGAAAAAAACGCAGUAGGAAUUUCUUGUUUCCCCAAAACCGAAAAAUCCACGUAAACCCGUUUCCCUGCAAGCACACAAAAUAUAAAAGGUGAAAAAGUAAAAAAGUAAAAAAAGAGUAAUAUCUGAGAAAUAAACGGAGGCCGCAAAAAGUGGCACAAGUGAAAAUUCCUGCGCCGUUCGUUUUAUUAUUAUUUUUCUGUUGCCGUCUUUUUGACAAUCGCCAAAAGUGAAAAUCAAUUUGCGAGAGCGCGCGCGCAAGGAGCAAAAAGGAAGAGAGAGUGAGAAAAGGAGAGCGAGAGCAAUCCCGAUAUAGAACUCGUCCUUUUUCGGCCCCAAAAUUACCCAGCCCAAAAAAAGAGCACGAGAACUGAACGAAAAACUCCCGGAGAAAACAACAACACACACCGAUAAACUGCAAAAGUAAACAAAUUGCGCCGAAACUGAACGAACGAAUUUCGGAAAACUGCAGACAGCGGAAAAAAGCCAGAGCCACAGCCACAGCCAGCACAUGUCUGGCCCUACAGUUUGAGCAGCACUGGGUUCUAAGCAACGCGUGGGCAGAAGAGAGAGGGAACCAUCAUGCGCCAGACUCAACGAACGCAGCAUAGCGAAAUGUCCAAGCAAAACGGAUUCCCACAGCAGAAGGCCGAAACCAGCCGACGCACCAAAUAGAUUGGCAAUAAAAACCUAAAUAAAUUAAGCUAGAAGCUCACCGAACCCAAAGGAAUACACUUUGAAGUGAAGUGAGAACGAGAGGAGCAAGUGAAUCGAACGGGCAGGAGAACUCCCAGAGGAGCGGGAGUAGUAGGAUCGUCUUUCGUGGACCGAGCGAUAGAAAGCCGUCAAAAUUACGACGUACCACCCACCCACGCCCAAAGUCAAACAGAACCCGGCCAAUACGGACGCCAUGUCCGGGCCGGGGGCGUUUGACGAUGAGCCGCCGCCGGAGCCGCGCGACGGAUGGCUACUGGUGCGCAUCCAUGUGCCGGAGCUGAAUGUCUACAAGUGUCUGCAGUUCCCAUCGGAGCGGCUCGUCUGGGAUGUCAAGCAGCAGGUGCUCGCCUCGCUGCCGAAGGAACUGAAGGAGAGCUUCAACUAUGGCCUGUUUGCUCCACCUGCCAACGGCAAGGCGGGAAAAUUCCUGGAUGAGGAACGCCGCCUGGGCGAUUAUCCUUUCAACGGACCCGUGGGAUAUUUGGAGCUGAAGUACAAAAGGCGUGUGUACAAAAUGUUGACCCUGGAUGAGCGCCAGCUGAAGGCUCUCCACACGCGGGCCAAUCUGCGCCGCUUUCUGGAGUGCAUCAAUGGCGGGCACGUGGAGAAGAUAGCCAAGAUGUGUGCCAAGGGCCUGGACCCCAAUUUCCAUUGCUCGGAAAGCGGAGAUACUCCGCUGACGGUGGCCACGGGCGCCAAGAAGCCAAACAAACUGCUCAUCGCUCUGGUGAACGGUGGAGCCUUGUUGGACUACAGGACGAAGGAUGGCACCACAGCUCUGCACCGUGCAGUGGAGCACGACUCCUUGGAGGCGGUCAGCACCCUCCUCGAACUGGGCGCCUCGCCGAACUACCGCGAUGGGCGUGGCAUCACCCCGCUGUACAUCUCCAUCACCAGGAAGUGCGAGGCGAAGAUCACAGAGAGUCUGCUGCACGACCACGCCACGCUGGGAAUCCAGGACAGCCAGGGCUGGAACGAGGUUCAUCAGGCCUGUCGCCAUGGCCUGGUCCAGCACCUGGAACACCUGCUGUUCUACGGUGCUGACAUGGACGGCCGCAAUGCGUCCGGCAAUAGUCCGCUGCAUGUGUGCGCUGUUAACAACCAAGAGGCUUGUGCUAGAAUGCUUCUCUUUCGCGGCGCCCAGCGCGGCGCCCAGAACUUUGCCAAUCAAACUCCCUACCAGGUGGCUGUUAUAGCCGGCAACUUGGAGCUGGCCGAAAUCAUUGAGAACUACAAGUCGGAGGAUAUUGUUCCCUUCCGCGGACCGCCGCGCUACAAUCCGAAGCGCCGCUCGGGAAUCGGGUGGUUGAGCGCCAAUGGAGCCGCCGGCGCAGCUCUGCUGGCAGCGGCUGGAGGUGGUUUCGGUGGUGCGAUGGUCGGCACGAAUGGCGCUGCCAACGGAAACAACGGGGCUGGCGGUGUUGGUCUGAUGCUCAGCCAUCAGAACCACCAGCAGCACCUCGCCGGCCACCAUCAGCAUCAGCUUCAGCAACAGCAUCUGCACCAACCGCACCACCAGCACCACCAGAAUCACCACCAGCAGCUGCAGCAGCAGCAGCUGCCCCACCUGCACACCCUGCAGCUCCACGGCCCGCCAUCGCCCUGCCCCUCGGAGCACAUGCUGGGAGCCUACAGCUCCGCCAGCUCCAGCCUCUCCGAGGGCUCCUCCGGCCACCGAUCCCACGAGGACGACAUCAGUAUUGUGACAGACAAAUCCCUGGGCGACACCAGCGACAUAAUCAGCGAUUCGUCGGGCGUGGGAACGAACUCGGACUCGGCAGCCUGUUCCAUCGGGCAUCCCAGCACCACAGUGGUGUGCAUGGAGCCAUACGCUGGCAAUACCGUGGGUCACAUUCGCCUCCAGCCCGGCGAUGUGAUCGAAGUGGUGGGCAGCACCGACUGCGGAUUGCUCGAGGGCUAUGUGCGCGGCACCAACCAGUCCGGCUUCUUUCCGGCCGACUGCGUCCAGGAGGUGAGUCUGCGCCAGAAGCACAUCACCAAUGUGAUGACCGCCAGCACGGGCAUGGCUCCGCAGCAGCAACAGCAGCAGCAGCAUUUGCAGCAGGUACCAGCAGGUUCCUCCGCCGCCUCCUACCAGGGAUCACCACAGUUGAGCUUGGGUGGACAUUCAGGCAGUUCCAGCACUCUGCUCCAGCAGCCCCAUCAGUCGCCAUCACUGUCGGUGGCCAGCAACGGAUCCUGCCAGCAGCCGCUGGAGAGCAAUGGUGGAGGAGCAUCCGGCAAUGGCAUCCAAAACCGAAACAAUAACCACUCCGUGGGACAGUACAGCAGCGCCACUGCACCGCGCAUCAAAAAGAGCGCCUAUAACGCCCCUCGAUCGGUGGUGCUGCACCGAGCCAAGCGCGGAUUUGGCUUCAUAUUGCGCGGCGCCAAGGCAAGUUCCCAGCUGAUGCAGCUGCGCCCUUCAGAGCGCUUCCCCGCGCUCCAAUACCUGGAUGAUGUGGAUCCGGGUGGUGUGGCGGACAUGGCAGGACUUCGUCCGGGGGACUUCCUGCUGACCAUCAACGGCGAGGAUGUUAGCUCCGCCUCGCACGAACAAGUGGUCGAAAUGAUCCGUUCGGCCGGCGCUCUGGUCAACUUGACAGUGGUUUCGCCACAGUUCCCCCACCAGAUGCAGGCCAGUGCUCAGUAUCUGCCCAGUGGAGCGCGUGCGGGCAGCCACCACUUGAACAGUGGACCAAGUACGCCCCAGAGCUCGCACCGGCAGUGCGCCACGUUGCCGAGGAAGAUGACGGGUCCGGGAGCAAGUGGUCCCUCCUCCUCCUCCGGAGGCAGUGUGCGAAUGGCUCCGAUGCCACCGCGCAGGGAUCCCAAAACCACGUUGAGUGUGGGCAGAGCCAGGGCCAAAUCCAUGGUUGCUGGUCUGGAGAACGGAGGGGAGAAGGAGGACGAUUUGCCGCACACCAAAUCCAACUCGGUGGAGUCGAUUGCAACGCCCACACCUACCGGCAUCCAAACGGGACCUGGAACACCCGUUCAGCUACGCACGGCCAGCAUUAAGGCGCGACCCACAUCCAGUAGGAUCACAGCUGCCGAAUUGGAGGAGCUAUUCCAGCGCCAGCAGGGCGAGGGCAGUGCGGCGAACGCCAGUCGCUAUGCCACCAUGAUGACCAGCUCCCGUUUCCAGUCGGGCACGGACAGCGGUGCAGCCACUCCGCCUGCAUCCAAUGGAUCUCCCAUGAGGACUGGUCCGCUGGUGUACGGCAGUGUGGCUGAGAUGAAACGUAAGACAGCGAGGAGCAAGCACGGUAGUGGCACGCUUCGUGGAAAACCCGUAGCCACACCCACAGUCGGCCCAGGUGGAGCAGGAGGCGGUCGUGACCUCAAGCGGUUCCAUUCCACACCCGACUUGCAUGGUCCUCAGCUGCACGGUUCCGCUUCAUCCAUUUGGCAGGCAUCUGGCAAGGGUCACCACUCGCAGGACGAUGUGGCCACGCUUCAUGCCUCGCUGCAACGCUUGAACUCUAACCAAGGAGAACUAAAACUGGGAGGAUUAGGAGCAGGAGCGGGCGGAGCAGUACUUCCCCCACCCAAUCACCCACCUCCACCACCUCCAGUGGGCCAGGUUGUUAAAGUGGAAACACGCAGCAGUGUUUCGGAGUACGAGAGCACCAUCUCUUUACAACAAAAAUUGAAGAAGCGCACGGAAAACGAUGCUGUGACCAGUGCAGCCAUCGAUGGCGUCCAGAGCAGCUUCAAUCCCUCGGCAAAUGCCAAGAUCUAUGCCUCGCCGCAGGAACUGCGCAACGUGAUGGCCUGGAAGUUGCGCCAGGCGCAGGAGAAGCCAUCGCAGGAGACAUCCGCUGGAUCCCAGCAGCCAGUUAGUCAGUACGCUGCGCCCACGCAGAUGCGACCAGCACAACAACAGCAGCCGCAGCCGCAGCAGCAGCAGCUGCAAGCACAGCAGCCACCUACAGCGCUGGCCUCUCACUAUGCGGCUCCCCAAGUGCAGGUGCAGCAAGUGCAGCAGGUGCCGCAGCCACCUCAGCAGUCUGCCCCCCAAUCCCCGCCUGCUCCACCGCUGCCACAGGCAGCACCUGUGCCGGCACAAAAUGGCAAUGGAAAUGGCAGUACAAGUGGAGCCGGAACAGCUCCUCCCAUUCCCGAACCUGACUACAGCUGCAGUGAAUCGGAUGGCGAGGAUGAGAACUCCAUCCUGGUGGCACGGAACACCAAGCUCAAUGAGAAGAUCGCCCUAUUCGAUGUGCCAGAGACUAGUGGAAAUAGUCAGGCUAGUGGGAGCAGUUCCAACUCGGGCAGUGCCUCGAUUUCUCAUUCGCUCUCUGUAGAGGAGAUCCAGCGCAUUCGCAGCAAUCUGAAGACAUCGAAGUCAUCGCCAAACGGUUUUGCCAAGAAACCGGAGGAGGAGAAACCACCAGAGCAGCAGCAAUCCCACCAACAACCACAGCAACUUUUGCAGCCAGGCGAAGAUGAGUGCGACAACAGCAGCUCCGGCGUCAGCAGCGAACAGGAACAUUUGGCACUGGCAGCCGGGCUCACACUGCCAGGUGGUGGUAAGCCCACCGACACCAUUAAGAAGAAGCCAUCGGUGACCAUUGUGGAGGAACCCAAGACGAUUCCCGAUCAGCCCAGCAGCAACACCAGUCACACUACGAAGCCCAUGGCCAAAACCACCAUCAGCAUAGGCGGCGGUGCCAGUGCUGUGCCCACAGCCACACUUACAGUGAAGCAGCUUGUGCAACAGCAGCAUGCACCCGUCAUCCAACAGCAGCAGCAGCAACUGGGCAGCAAGCAACCGGUGACAGCCGCCAGCACCAACAAGUUUGCGCAACAGAGCAACAUCAACAGCAAUGUGAUGAGUCCCCAGGUUUUGGGGCGCAUUCCCAGCCAUCAUCAUCAGCAGCAGUCGUCGAAUCCCAACCAGAAAUUGAUCGCCACCCAGCAGCAGAUACUACAGCAGCAGCAACAGCAACUGGCCCACCAACAACAUCUCCAGCAGAUCCUCAAGGCAAAGGCCGCCGCGGCCGGAGGAGCCAGCAACACAGCCGUCCUAGUGGCGAAGCACCAGCAGAAACUACAUAAGGGCACCAGCAGUGGCCACGAAUCGGAGAUGGAGACUCGUUCCGAUCUGGAGGAUGAUGACGGAGAUCUAAGUCCCUCGCCGCCGGCCAAGGCGUUCCAGCGUCACAAUUCGCUGACGCGCAAGCAGGCAGCGGCAAUUGCCAUGCAGAGGGGCGCCACCAGAACCACGGCAGUGUCCCUGAUGCAACUCCCGCCGCCCCUGGAAGCGGACAGCGAUGGAGAGCCGUCACAGCUCACGCUCCAGCGUCAGCAGCCCCAUCACCCGACACAGACCCACCCACAUCCCCACCAGCUGCAGCAACAACUGCAACAGCAGCAGCAGCAACAACCAAUGGCCGCCCACAUUGUGGGCAUGCUGCCCAGCGGACAGCUGGUGGCUGUUGCCUCUGGCGCUGUUGCUGGCGUUCCGGGCGUUGGGGCGACUGCGGUGCAGCAGGGCAACAACAAUCUGCAGCAGCUGUGCACCGAUAAUCUGGUGUUGGCGCCUCCGCCUCAGUUCUGCGAUUGCAACGAUGCCAAGCACGCGCCGCAGCCGCAUCUGCCAACGAGCCAAUAUCAUCCACAGCAGCAACAGCAGCAGCAACAACAGCAGCAGCAGCAGCAACUGCAACAGCAGCAGCAACUGCAACAGCAACUGCAGCAGCAGCAGAUGAUGCAGAUGCACCAGCGGCUGUCCGGGGGCGCUGGCGCUGGAGCGGUGGGCACCUUGGGAAGGGUCCGGAUCGUGGGGGCCAUGCCCAAGGCCAACCACCAUAGGCUGCACUAAACUAAGCCUGGGGAAUCCAAUCAACCGUUUGCCAAAUCGUUAAAUCGUUAGUUAGUGUAAGUCAACAGUCAUUGCCACUCACAACGAAUAGCCGCAACUGCCUGCACCCAGAAAAUGAAGCGCGACGACCAUUUCAGGCACAAAUCUAAUUGUUGCCACAUCUUUUCAAUGGCAAGAGGAUGUUCGAAUUAGAAUUUUUUUGAUUUCGAAAUCUUAAGUUACUUUUAUUAUAUUUAUUGCGUGUGAUAUAAAUUUAUGCAAGCUGCCCGCGCGCAGCAACUAAUCGCUAUUUGUAAUCAAACAGCAAGUAUGUAUGCAAUAUUUAAUGAUUAGUUAACAGAUACCCAGCAUCCUACCAUUGAAAACAAACUGAAAGGCAGUAGCCGGAGAUUCUUGCUCGACAUGGGUCUUUUAGUUUGCUUUCGAGCUGCACAAUGUGUCAAAUGUUAAUGUGGAUUUCAGUCCGCAUCCGAUCUUAGUUCGUAAUGUUAGAAGGGCGCCAGCGCCAGGCAACUUCAUUUAUUCAGUAUCCAUCCAUUGAUCAUUCGUGUUCGUGUUUGACUAGUGCACAAAACAUUUAAACGACAUUAACAUUACUCUAAUUCACAACUAGCGUAGGUUUUAUAUGCCUAAAGAAAGCAGGGAGGCGGAAGUUGCACCGAGUAACAAUAAUAUUUGAAUUUGAGCAUUUAGCCGAAUUUCCAGUCAAGUCAAGUCAACUAAACUAAACUUAACUAACAAAUACUAAAUGAAUAAAACGUAUAAUGUUUUUAAACAAAAUAUUUAUAAAACAAAUAUUUCAAUAGGCGGCUAUUUUAUAAUCGAGUAAAAAAAAACAUGAAAGAUCGAAAUUGAAAACAAAACGUAAAUUUUUGCUAGUAAAAUUUACAGAUUUUUACUUUUAAAAGAUUUUUUGUAUAAUUGUUUUUUUAGAGAAAAACUUUAACUUGCCAGAGAAAUUACAGAAUAUUAGAGAACAUAAUUGGAGUUGAAGAAGUAACGUAUUGUAUUGAAAGAGGUUCUCAACUAUUUGCCAGCGCUUAAUGCAAAUAUCGUCAUAGGCAACCCAAACUUAUAAAUGCGUUUUCACAAGUAACAAUUAUUAUAACUAAGGCUGAUUUUAUUGCAUAAUACAUACAAAACACAGAAAUCGAACCAGCAUUCGCCUACAUACUGAAUGAAAUAUAUUGAAGAACUCAACUAACCAAGCAAGCGAUUGAUGCAUUUACAUUGUUUAAACAAAAACUCUUUGAGGUAUUGAAAGAAUUGGAUGGUAAUAUAAUGAAAUCGUUCGAAUUGGCAGGCCGCUCCUUUAGCACUAGCACCUAAGUGUUGAAAAGUUAGAAAACCUAAAUCUAAACCAUUAAACAUAAACAACCGAGAAUAUAUUGGAUACUCUAGCGUAUAACUAGGUUUUAGCACACUUUUUAGUUCUCGCAAUAGUUGCUAAUUAUUUGUAAAUUGUUUUAGUUCCAACACCCACACCCCGCGCGUACAUGUAUACAAAUAUGAUUAGCCAUCAAGCUUGUUAGUUUUUAAGUUAAACCGUCUAGUAAAUCCACGUGCAGUGCUCAGUUACAACUACAUCAUGCACCAUGCAGCCCCCACCCGAUGGGGGCAUGCAACACGAAUGCGUGAGUUCGUGCAAUUGCGAAUGUGUUGAAAACGCUAUAUAGCAGGAUU